ACAGAUUCAGAAAUAGUGGAGCAUGAGCCAGCGGGGCCGUCGAGACCGGUGACAUUGGAAGGUGUUCUUCAUGUGGACAGAGUAGCCGCUCUACGUUGUCACUGCCCCAGCAUUCUACAACGAUGGGCUGCCAGACCCCGUCAUUGGCCGUCGCCAGUCAUAGUUCGGAAAGUCGUAUCAUUGGGAGCAUUUCUAACCCCGGUAGGUUUUAAGGAUAGUCAAUAUAAGGACAUCGAGUGGAGGAUAUGCUUUAACACCGGUGAGGCAGAACUUGUAAAUAAUCUUAAUGGCACACAAGCGCAUGUGCAUGUUAUGCUUAAAAUGAUUCUCAAAGAUGUUUUAAGGCCUCGUAAGAAAGAAGUAACAUCAUACGUGAUUAAAAAUAUAGUACUUUGGCAAGCUGAGCGAAACCCACAGAACAGCUUUGAUACACGGAGUUUUUUCCACUGGCUUCAAAACGGACUGAGAGAACUUAAGAAUGCUAUUGUCACACAACAACUGUCAUACUACAUGAUUCCGGAAAGAAAUUUAAUGGCAGCCUGUGGUUUGCAAGAUAAGCAGCAAAGACAAUGGGUAGCAGCUAUAUCGGAAAUGAUGGACGAUGGUCCGUGGGUUAUUAUGAGACUGCCGAGGAUACGACAGGCCAUCUUGGCGUCCCCAGAGCCGAUGUUGUGGUUCAUCAAGAAAAGGAUGGAGCUGGAAAUGCUGUUCCUAGAGGGGUUGAACAGACACGACACAGUUCAAAAUGAGAACGGAAUAGUUGAUGAGUCUGAUUCUGAGUGUGAUGCUAUCCUGCAGGAUAUAUUGAGACGUAGGGGAGAGCUAGUGACGGAGGUGGCGCAACGGAUGCUCGAGGAAGGCUCUUCUGUUACUAAUAUGUCGGCUAUAACCUGGAGAUUAUUAAUGUGAUAAUGCUUUAGUGUGCAAGGCAAAAAGUGUGCUGGAGGAUAAAAUCAAUUUUACACAAGGUAAAAAUGAGAAUGAGAUGCAGUUUUGACUCGAAAAUAACCCUUCAGGAAAUAAGAAAUCGAAUGAGCGAAGCAGAGAGAGAGAGGGGGAGAGUUACUUUAAAAUAUCACAUUCCAUAAACCAGGCUGUCAAAACUUAUUAAUAUAAUUUAAAUCAGUGUGAACUCUCAUAUGAGUGCAAGCUACCUACACACUGUAAGGACUCCUCCUGCACCCACAUGUAAAAAAUAUUGUGUGAGAGCAAUUUGUGUGUUCUAAGUGUGUAUACAUAGACGUGGGCUGAGUGAAGAUAGCUACUUUAAAUUUCAAUCUGUUCUGAAGACCAACUCUGUCAAAACCUAUGUAUAGCAUACGGUGUGAUUAUUGUACAGACAAUGAAAUUUCGUCUUGGGUUGUUUACCAAAGAUUCGGAGAUAAUCAACUUUAGUAUGCAUUCAUGUGUUUUGCGUUACCACUUAAAGUUAAAUGCAUGACACAUCAAUACAUCUUGAGCCUUGCAUACUUUAUGUGUUUGUCAAAUUAUUUUAAAAUCCGUAAAGGCAUCGGGGUAUUGAGCCAUAAGCUACAUAUGGAGAAAACAUUACUGUUAUUCUUUAAUAUUUGAGCUGAAAGUGUGUACUUGACAUUGAUUGGUAAGGAAGUUGUUUGGAUCUGUUUGAUGAUUAGCGCAGACUGAUGAUGUGCUACCCUGUCCGCUAUGAAGUCCCGUGAAGUGUCCUGAUCUCAUAAGCGGACAUUGUAGCGUUUGACCAGACUGCGUUCAUGCACAGGCUGGUAUGAAGCUACGCUAGCCGCAUGUGGCAUAAGACACAUUUUCGAUUGAUGCGGCUCAAUUAAGCGCCACAUGCUAACUUCAAAAUAAAGUGACAGUGUUAAACUGUGAUAUUUGAUUUUAAAGUAUGUCAUUGAAACUGAAAGCAUCAUUCUCUGCCUCAUAUGAAAUAUUAUUUGUGAAAGUAAUUUAGGCAAACAUUUGUGCGUUUAUCCAAAUUGUUGCAUGCAAUGAAAACUCAGAGCUCCGAAAAAAGUAUUCAAAUAAUAACGUGUUAUACUGGUAUUAAAAAAUGACAUCAAUGUAAAAUAUCAACUUUGAAAAUGUACAAAUGUGGAUAUGGCACGUAUCACGGUUCAUAGUACAUGUUAAAUGUAUUGUUAUCUUGCUAUUGAAACGAACUUUAACAUUGAAAUUAUAACACCAGUACAAACUUUUUUUUGUAUUUUAUUAAAUCAUUUAAUCAGAUUAUAUCGAUGACAUGUUUAUUAUUGUAUACUCACCUAGCGUUCAGGAGGUUCGUUCCUAACUCUGGAAGCUUUCUUAAUGUUGUCUCGAAUCAACAGACCUCAAAUAAAUAUCACCUACAGCUCAUAUAUACCAAUAGUGAAUGCACUAUGAAACACAUGUUACUAUUAAUUUAAAGGUACUGAAUACAUCGCAGUCCAACAUAGAGCCGCGUUCUUGGAUAACCGGACUUAAAAGAGUAUGCGUAAAGUGUUGUCCCAGAUGAGUCUUUGCAGCCCGCUUAGGCUAAUCAUGGCCCACACGCUAUUAUGGAUUUUUUUGUUUAAAGGAGGUCCCUUAUUAACGAACAUCCAUUAUUAACGAACAUCCAACUUAGGGAUGUGUCGUCCAUUAUUAGCCUGUGCGGUCUGUACGUACAUGCAUUAAGUCCAGUUUUUCAAGAACGAGGCUCAAUGUUUAACGCUCAUAAACAGCACGUUUCAAUACUACAUCAUCAUAUAUUCCAACAUAUAUAUCAUGUCUAAUUUACUCUCAGCAUACACGAACGGCUUAUUAUGAAUUGCUUUCAUGACUUUUUUCUUAAUUGUGAGUGUUUAAGUUAUUACUGUUCAGAAUCAAUCAAGAACUUGAAUUUUUACUGAUCGUGUCUACAUUGAAACAUGACUUUGCUAUAAAUUAUUAACAAAAUGAGACUAGUGUA